AGUUGUUUCUAAUUUUGACCCCGGAUUAUAGCUGGGUGGUACUAAUUAGGGCCCAGUUUAUUUUCCUUCGACACAAGAAGUCUCUGUCUCACUCUUUUCUUUUUCUAGUUGUGCUCCUCCACCAAAAAGAAAAAGAAAAACUCCAGUACGACACGAAAAUUUUACAUAAAAUGGACAACCUUUCCCCCCUUCUCCCCUGGCUCUACAUCGGCGACAAGCACGACGCAAAGGAUUUGGAAAACUUGAACCGACAAAACAUCAAAUACAUCGUGAACGCCACCCCGUCGAAAAACGAUGGCGGCGUGGCGAAUUUCUACGAGAAACAGGGUAGUAUUAAGUACCUCCGACUCCCGAUGCAGGACAAUGCCAGCGAGAAUUUGAAACAGUGGUACGAGCAGUUUUUCGCUUUUAUCGAGCAAUGCCGGAUCCGGGACGAUGGGAGUUUAUUGGUCCACUGCAACCAGGGGGUCUCGCGGUCGGUCUCCUUGGUGAUUGCGUAUUUGCUGAAGUAUUUCCAGUUUGCCGAUUUUGAAGCUUGUUUGAGAGAGAUAAAAAGGAAAUGCAGGGUAAACGCAGACCCCAACGACGCGUUUCGCAGGCAGUUGGAGGACUUCACGGCGGAUCUGCGUUGUGGAAAGGAAAAGUACGAAAAGGAGGCGCGGAAGGAGGAGCAGGAGAAGCAGGAACGGAAAAGGAAAAUGCAAUUGCAAAAUGGUGGAAAUGCUAGGGCAAUUGAGUCUGUUCAUCAAGCAGACGUCGAGAACAACAACGCGAAACGGAGAAAAGUGGACAACUACAUUGGCCCAGCAGCGCUAGGCCCCCCUCCAGCGCCGCGUCCUCAAGUAGGACCGAUGAGGCCAGGAACUUCGACGGCAGGCGCAAAUUCACAUCCACCUGCUACUGCUAGUACCAUCGGCCCAGCCAUGGGACCUGCGCUCCCACCUUCAACGAUCGGGCCCGCAGCGAUCGGACCGCAGCGGCCCCCUGCCAGUCCCACUGCUCAUACGAUAGGCCCUAGUACAACAAAAAUAUUAGGACCACAACCACCGGGUGCGGGAACGACUGCACCUCCGCCGCAAGUGGGACCCUCAUUACAACCCCCAGCAGGAAGUGCUGCCAACAUCGGUCCUGCGUUACCCCCCACAGUAGCAGCAACCCCGAUAAUAAAUCUGAAUGCUGGACCAGCUGUUGCCCCUCCCACAAUUACCGAAGCCAACCGAAUAAAACCCACGUCACCCUCGACACGCGCGUCUUUGUCGGCAGAAAGAGGAAAGACUUCAAAACUGACUAAUGGUAAUGACGGUCACGCAGGAACGGCUGCGGCCGCGGCCGGCACAACAAAUGAUGUGAAAAUUAUCGGACCCGCUGGCCCUCCGCCUCCGUAGAUUCAGCUAUCCUACAACUAGAUAGUAGAAAAUGAAAAGGUGAAUUACUAG